AAUGGCGGCCGUGUCGCCUGCACCAAGAUGGCGGGGAGCAGCCGCUGCGCUCUGAUUGGCUAGAGCGCGGUUGUGACGCGGCUUCUAGUGGCUUCCAUGCCUCGGGUCGGCUGAGGCCGCGCCUGCGCACUGGUUGCCCGCCUCUUUCGCUUCGGUGCUGCCGCCGCCAUGUCUCGGUACGCCCGUCCGCCCAACAGUUCGCUCUUCGUCAGGAAUGUGGGCGAUUGCACCAGGCCUGAGGAUUUACGUCGUGAAUUUGGUCGCUAUGGCCCAAUAGUAGAUGUUUACGUUCCCCUUGACUUCUACACUCGACGACCAAGAGGAUUUGCAUAUAUACAGUUUGAAGAUGUUCGUGAUGCAGAAGAUGCCCUCCACAACCUGGAUCGAAAGUGGGUGUGUGGCCGUCAAAUCGAGAUCCAGUUUGCCCAAGGUGAUCGAAAGACACCUGGUCAGAUGAAAUCAAAGGAGCGAAGAUCCUCACGAAGUUCGCCUCGAUAUGACCGUUAUGAUGACUAUGAUCGGAGGAGGAGGUCCAGAAGUCGCAGUUAUGACCGGAGGAGAUCUCGAAGCCGUUCAUAUGAUCGUGGCCACAGGAGAUCUGACAGCCCUAAGAAUUCACGGAGCAGAUCAAGUGGAAAGCGCAGGCGGAGCCGUAGUAACUCCUUCAAUGACAGGCAUAGACGUCGCCAUCGUUCUUACACCAGAUCAAGAUCCAGAUCACGGUCCAGGUCCAGGUCAAGAUCCAGGUCAAAAUCUGCAUCCAGAAAGGAUUCUAAGACACGGUCACAAUCAAGGUCAAUCACCCAUUCAAGGUCUGGGUCUAGAUCUAAAUCCAGGUCACUGAGUGGCCACAAGUCUGACAGUCACCAUGAAGACUGAAGCAGCGGAAAGUCGUCCAUUUACAGCUUCCAUUGUGAUUAUUUUCUUUUUGUGUUUAUUGGGGUCUUGUAGGUGUUAAGAGAAGGUGGGUACUGUUUUAUGACUACAAGAAAACUGUGUGAAGACUAAUUUGUUGAUGGUGCUUGAAAGAUUUUUGCCAUGAUUUUAAACAGAAUGAUGCAGUAACUAUAACUAGAUGAUAACAGUCCAUUUGACAUUGACAUAUUCAUUAGUUGUUUGAAACUCAAUUUUCACAUUUACUUUUAGGCAAAUUUCUCGUAUUUGAUCUGCAGCUUUGCUAUGUUACUGUUAAUUUUUAUAAAACAGUGCCCUCUAUACUGUGCAAAGAAAAAUACUAAAUUGUUUCCCCAGUUAAUAUUCUAAUGCUGCUGGUACAAAUUAAACCGUGUGAAUUCAAAAUUUGUUAAUGAUCCCUGUAUUCAUUACCAUACAUAAUGUGAGCUUUUUAUUAGGUCUUUCAGUUUGCUGCAGAAAUCCUUUCCCUUUGUGCUCAAGGUGAUCGGCAAGCUCCGGCAAUUUGCUGCCACAAUUUUGUUCCAUCAGUGUGCAUUCAUUUAUACAAUGCAGUGGUCUGGCAUGCUUCCUGUAAUAUUGAUUUGUGUAUUUUGCAUGAGUUCUUUCAUACUUGGCUGUAAAGAUAAAACCUGCCUCAACAUUGGAGAAUCUGCGUUUAAAUGUAAGAAAUAACAGUGACUGGGAAACAGCUGAGAAGUGUUGUGAUCAAACUUAUUUUCUUUCAUGUAGAAGCUUGUAAAAACAAAAGGGAUUUUUUAUACCAAGUCUUUUUAAUAAAAGCUGUUUGUAAAAGUU